UGUUUUCCCCGUAGAUCACUGAUGCCCAUUCAUUUCAUCGUUAAGCGUCUCCUCCUGGCUUUUAGAUUUCGCCAAUGCCUGUCAUUUGGGAAUUUGAACAGAAACAAUCGAAGAUUGUAUCGUUUUGCUGUUGAUUAAAUUUUUAACAGAGGCUGUAUCGGCGAUAGCGAGGUGUGGCUAUGGCUGAGAAGCAGGUGAUCCUCCAGUUCCGCUUCGACAACUUCGGCCAGUCCAUGUUGCAGAAGAUGGAGGCCCUGCGCAGCCAGAGGCGCUUCUGCGACGUGCUGGUCCGCAUCAACGACCUGGAGGUGCCAGGCCACAAAGUGGUGUUUGCUGCCGGGUCCCCUUUCCUCCGCGACCAGUUCUUCCUCCAGGAUUCCGAGGCGGAGAUCCAGAUCAACACUCUGCAGGACGCGGCGGUGGGCCAGAAGGUUCUGCUAUCCUGCUACACGGGGCUUCUGGAGUUCCCAGAGCUGGAGCUGGUGAACUACCUGACGGUGGCGAGCUUCCUGCAAAUGGGGCACAUCGUGGAACAGUGCACUCAAGCGCUUACCAAGUUCAUCAAACCGCGCCAAGUGAAGGACGAGCGCGCCUUGCAAGAACCUUCGAGCAAAAACAGACAGCAGCAUCAGCGUGGUCCAUCAGCAGAGGUGAGGCAACAGAUGGUAGAGCACCAAGAAGAGGCUGAGGUGGUGGAGGAGGAGAACACUAGUAUCGUCGCAGAUCACAUGUUGCCUCCAGCGCCAGCCAGAGUGAAAAGCCACAGCAGACCCUCUGAUGAAUCUAGACACAGUCCUUUAGCCGUCAUUAAAGUGGAGUCCGUUAGUGAACGCAUGGUGGACAACAACAGCAUGCGUUGUGAGCGAGUCUCCCAUCCGCCCCCUCUGAACUCCCCUGAGCCACAGCACUCCCUCAUUAACUCCACCGUGGAGAACCGCAUGGGUGACUCUUCAGAGGCGUCACUGGUGCACAUGCCUGAGUACUCCACGAGUCCCCUGCCUGGGGAGUCGGCCCGGGUGUGGGGCGGAGGACACGCGCGCGCCUCUGAGAAGAGCAUGCAGUGGUACCACCAGUGCCCCAAGUGCUCCCGCGUCUUCCGGCAGCUGGAGAACUACGCCAACCACCUUAAGAUGCACAAACUCUUCAUGUGCGUGCUCUGCGGCAAAACCUUCACGCAGAAGGGCAACCUCCACAGGCACAUGCGCGUCCACGCAGGCAUCAAGCCGUUCCAGUGCAAGAUCUGCGGGAAGAACUUCACACAGAAGUGCUCCCUGCUAGACCAUCUCAACCUGCACAGCGGCGACAAGCCACACCGCUGCAACUACUGCGAGAUGGUCUUUGCACACAAACCGGUGCUCAGGAAGCACCUCAAACAGGUGCAUGGCAAGAACAGCUUUGACAACGCCAAUGAAGGCUGCAUGCAAGAGCUGGAGUACAGUGGACUGCAGGAUCCCAACACUGAAAAUGCACAGCUAGACCAUUUAGUCUUGGAAAACGGACAAUAUGCAGUCUAGUUAUAACAUGGGGGCAUUACUGCUUUUUGGUUGUCGCCACAGACCAACAUCCUGGUAGUGAUGAUCCAGUUUGUAAAAUCCGGUAUUAAGAGUGUUUGGUGAUGAUGGGCAUGGGCACAUUUGAAAUGUUCUUGAGUGGAAUGAGAUUGGAAUGACAGUUUCUGUAGCCUGAUCACUGCAUAUUGACUUGUUACUUCAGGAACACCCAUGUGGUCUAUGGUGUUGGAAAAAGACAGUACUAUGCAAAAUUGUCAGGCAGAAGGGAAAGAAUGCAGAAAACUAGGAAACUGUUCAUUUAUUUGUUUUAGGAUAAAUGGAGUUGUCAAUGCUGAGGCUGCAAUACUUGUUCUAUCUACCAGGAAGGCUUAUGAUUGGCCAGAAAUAUCUGCAGUGUAAAUAAUAGGCUUAGUCCUAGAAGUGGUGGUAUGGCCCCCACAGAACUCCAUUCUUAACACUGAGUGUGUCUGCCUAUAUACCAGGGUAUGGGUGGGGAACCUAUCUCUCAUCUGGCCCUAGGGCUGAACGAUCUAUCGUUUUAGACCGAAAAUCACGACCUCAGACAACCCGAUUUUGGGAUCUUCAGCCAGAAAAACCGUGCUGCUAACAUGAUCCAUGUUUUGUUUCGUCAAUAAUUGUACACAUGUAUGCUCUGCUGCGUGGUGUAGAAAACAACAUUUAUAGCUCUGGUAGAAUGGCUCUGUGUCAGCUACCAAUCAGAAAGCUCCAUUCUGUGAGUGAACAGGUCACUCACAGGUCACCAACUGUUGUGGAGGAUGAGAAACAGAGCCCCGGGCAAAAAAUCGUGGAGGAAAUAGAAAUCUCAAUAUCUGUUAGAGAAAUCGCAAUUUCAAUUUUUUUCUAAAAAAUGUUCAGCCCUAUCCGCCCCCCAAUAUAAUUUUAAUGUUAUGUAGUUUCACAUAAAAUAUGACAUAUUUUGUAAAUCAAUCUAAGAAUUACAUUGGAUGGGGUCUGUUGUAAAGGUGAUCACCUUCAAUACAGGCCUAAAGUGCAGGGGGGAAAUCCUGGUUUGUGUUUAUAGUAAGACCGUUGGAGGACUUUAUAAAAUUUUAAGUGGCCCCUUGAAUAAAAAAAAGUUCCCCACCCCUGCUAUAUAGUAUUUAGUAUUAUACAAUACC